GCAACCCGCGCCAUCACGUGGAUCUAGACUGAAUAAGUAGUAAACUAGCAAUAAUCUGUGUUACAUGUAUUAAAUUAGAAAACACGCUUGUGGUCAAUUAAAUAAAAUAAUUGACCACAAGCAAACAACAAACCGGUCGAUACUGCGGCAGAUAGUUGUUCGAUGAUUGAUUCGGGUUUGAUUGCUUUUGUCUGAUUACUGUCGUUCUUCUUUCGAUUGGUUCUGACUGCACGUUGGGUCUAUUGGUUGAACAUGGCGGCUACUCCAACGACAAAUCCAUCACAGUUGCUCCCACUUGAGCUGGUGGACAAAUGUAUCGGCUCUCGAAUUCACAUCGUCAUGAAAACCGAUAAAGAGAUCGUCGGUACCCUGCUGGGGUUCGAUGACUUUGUCAACAUGGUUCUAGAGGAUGUGACAGAAUUUGAAAUCACACCAGAGGGAAGGAGGAUAACCAAACUGGAUCAGAUUCUGCUCAAUGGCAAUAACAUCACCAUGCUGAUACCUGGUGGAGAAGGCCCUGAAGUAUGAGACGAGGAUCAUCACUGCCUUUCCUACGUUGUCUACCUUAAGUUUAUUGUGUCGUUAUUGUUCCUCCCUGUUGAUCGUUUGGGGCGGAAAGUAUUUUUGUUAUAAGAUUCUUAAUUGAUUAUUUGUUUUACUAAAAGAAAAAGUGUAUCAUGAAUCACACAUGACAAAAAAAAGCAGUUUUGUUACAAAUAAAUGAGAAUCUCACACAA